AUGUCUUGGGUCACCAGCGGAGAGAAUAGCCAUGGGUAUGUACAACCAGCCCCAAAUGGCCAGACUCUAGCUGUACCGGCUGUAGCAACCCACCGAGGGGAACUCUGGUGUCUAUGGAGUGACCCUUCGAAAGAUCUCUACUAUGCUGUCGGCAACAACAAUACCUUUGGACAGCGAACACAAUUCCCAGAUCAAGGUGUUCCGGUCAUGGCCGAGCUCUUAGGAAUGCUACACGCUCUGGUAGUGCGAGACUCUGGAGACAUCGCUCAUUAUAUCUUCGAUGACGCCAACCAGGUCUGGUCAGCUACCACUCUUCUGGACACAGCAGCGGGAUUUUCAACCGGUGGUACUCCUGCUCUCGUCGCCUUUCAUAACAAGCUCUUCCUGGUGUUCAUACAGAAUACAACUUUGUAUUACUCCUUAUGGACCCUCAAUCCUCACAAUGAUACUGCUGUCUGGUCCAUGCCACAGGAGAUGGGUGGCAUCAGUCAGGUCAGGGGUAUUCCAGCUAUGUUUGUUUUGAAUGGUACUUUGCACGUAUUGUGCUCUUCGAACGACGAAAAUCGAGAGAUUCUAGGCUUUGCAUACAGUUCUCCCGAAGACGUCUGGAACUCUUGCGAUGAUGUUAGCGAGGGAAAGUCGGCAGCUGGUAUCUCAGCAACGUCGUACGGUGACAGUGCCUUUCUGGCUUUCCAAGAAAACGGGCCCGAUGAUACUUCUCAUGUGAUUUAUAUUGCUGAGUAUAAAGAUGGUAAGUGGUUACCACAGGAAGCGGUGGCAGGCCAGACCUCAGCAGAUCCUCCCCAACUGGCGAUAUUGAAUGGGCGUAUCAACUGUAUCUUCAACUCCAACACGGAGACAAAGGAUCUGAGGUGGUACUCCAGGUCGCUUUUGAACUAUUCAUUGAGCUCCUGGAUGAAGGAUAUCCCGGAUGAUACCCUGUUAUCCAAUAUGACAAUUCCCGGUACCCAUGACAGCUGCGCAGAAUCAAACAUCCCUUUUGUGCGGACGCAGUACUUGUCAAUAACCAAGCAGAUGGAAGCCGGUAUCAGAUUCCUAGAUCUGCGUUGCCGCGUCCACUCGAAUGGCCAUCUCUACAUGUACCACGGCGGUAUCCCAAUCAACCUCCCCAUGUACCUAAAACUAGACAAAGUAAUGCACGACAUCUUCACCUUCCUCUCGAAAGACGGAAAUCCCACCGACACCGUCCUAAUCUCCAUCAACAACGACGACGUAUCCGGCCAAGACCCGCCCUCUCUCUUCUACAACGCAGUAAAACAGCACAUCGAAAACACCCCUCCCUACAGCACCGGCGAGCCCCGCUGGAUCACCUCUAGGACAACCGUAACUCUCGGCGACGCUCGCGGCAAGGCCGUCCUCCUCCGCAGAUACCAUUCCGACCCCAGCCUCGCCAUCUCCGAGCGCAUCGGUAUCGAUCUCAGCGGCUGGCUAAACGACAAUCCGGAAUUCACGCUGCGCACGCCCGACGGAGUGACGUUGACGCUCCAAGAUAAAUGGCAAUACUCGGACAUUAUGCCUCUCGCUGAUCUCAUCAAGAGCAAAUUCAACUUCGUCAGUAACAUGUUGGGAAAAGCAGCCAUGGGCCCGCCUGAGCAGUGGUUCCUUAAUUUCUCCAGCGCGGUAGGGGAUCCGGUGGAGAAGGGCGAGAUUGCAGAGAGUCGCUGGAUCGCAGUCGGCGCGCACAGCGAGAUCAUAGGAAAGUUCGUCCCUGGCAUGAAUCAUAACGUGCGGCGGAACUACGCCUGGGAGUUCAAGACGAGGUAUGGUGUGAUUGCCAUGGAUUAUCCGGAGUUGCCGAAGGAUUCGGACCUGAUUGCUUGGUUGAUUGGUAUGAAUAUGUAG